CCGCGAGCUUCCUGGGCCUACGCUUCAACCUGGCCGCGACCUCCCUUCCCGGCUGCGAUCUCCCUCCCUGCGCCUCUCCCUGAAUGAGGGAUUGGGCUCGAGCUGGAGCUCAUUUGAUGCUGCAAUGGUGGGAGAGGAAGAAUCCCAAGUCAUGGCGCAAUUGUUCGGUUCUCAGGAGAUGUUUUGCUUUGAUCACAGUUCUCACUGUGAUCUUUUUGAUUGGAACCAAGGCAGCUAUGAUGGCACCAGCUCUGCUAGUGUUCUUCCUCAUGUAGCUGCCAAUUAUGCAGAAGAUAACUACUUGAUAAAAAAUGGUGGACCUGCCUCCACUUUCACAAACCAAGAAGAGAAAGUUGAAUGGCAAGGAUGGCGACGAUGUUUAGAAGUUCCUAAGAAGAAGGGUUCUAAGAAGGGGAAGAAUUCACUGUCCAAGAGGACCGAGAAGAGUGACGACAAUGUUGGUGCAGCGGAGACCGGCAUAGAUGGUGAUUACAUCAACGCACAUUUUGCAAUCAUUGAAGAGGAAGCCAAAACCUUUGGCAUACCAUAUUGGCCAUCUUUAUUUUGUGCUGUUGGAUUUGUUGAAAUGUUUGAAAUGUUAUCUUAUGAGGCAUUUGGUCUAUCAGCAAGCACUGACACUGACAAGCCAACCACUUAG